AUGGAGCGCUCUAGUCAGUUCAAGCCGACGCCCGUGAUUUACGGAGGGCUGAUAAAUAUUUCAACCAACGACACCAACGCGAACUACACCUCGAAAGUGGAGGAAAAAGACGCCAGUCUUAUUUUCCAGGCAGGUUUGGCGGUAGCCCUGUCAGUUAUAACUUUUGCCACAACAUUAUCAAACGCUUUCGUCAUUGCUACAAUUUAUCAGUCCAGGAAGCUGCACACUCCGGCGAACUUUCUUAUAGCUUCACUGGCCGUCACCGACCUUUUAGUGUCCAUUUUGGUGAUGCCCAUAAGCGCAUUGUACACGGUAAGCCACACAUGGUCUUUGGGCCAAGUUAUAUGCGACAUUUGGUUGUCUUCGGAUAUCACGUGUUGCACAGCAUCAAUUCUUCAUUUGUGUGUGAUUGCCUUGGAUCGUUACUGGGCUAUAACGGAUGCAGUCGAAUAUUCAAAAAAGCGCACCUCAACGCGCGCGGCGGGCAUGGUUGCGACCGCUUGGGUGAUUGCUAUCUCCAUCUCCAUGCCGCCCUUGUUCUGGCGCCAGGUCAAAGCGGGGGAGUUGACCAGCUGUGAUGUAAAUACAGACCACAUUUUCUACACUAUCUACUCAACAUUUGGGGCUUUUUAUAUACCCACCCUGCUGCUUAUAGCUCUCUAUGGUCGGAUCUACGUUGAAGCCCGAAAACGGAUCUUAAAACAGUCGCCUAAAAAAACAGGGAAAAGACUUACUUCAGCUCAUUUGAUCACAAACUCGCCGGGAUCCGUGGCGUCUACAACGUCUCUGACCUACGGUACGCACGAUUCCUCCUCUUGCGACACAGGUUCCUCCAUCAGUGCAAAUCAGGUUAAAGUAACAGUGUCCGAUGCACUUCUGGAAAAGAAGCGAAUAUCCGCUGCCAGGGAGAGAAAGGCGACUAAAACUUUGGGAAUAAUAUUGGGCGCGUACAUAAUAUGCUGGUUGCCCUUCUUCAUUUACACGUUAUUGGUGUCUAUCUGUACAACCUGCACUUUCUAUCCAGAGUUGUUUGACAUCUUCACCUGGCUAGGUUACCUUAACUCUUUAAUAAAUCCCAUAAUUUAUACAAUGUCCAACGAUGAUUUCAAAAAGGCUUUUCACAAACUCCUACGCUUUAGGUGUUGUAGAUCUUGAGAUAUUGGUAAAGCGCUACGUGAAACAUAGGCUAUCGCUCCCAAAAUGUUCUCCUGUUCUAAUGGUUGACAAAAAAUCUUUAUCACGUGAUCCUGGUAAACACGGGCUACAUAUCGUUUCCAGUUAGACUGAAGUAGCCUACAUGACUACAAUUCGAGUUUACACCACUGUAGCAAAACAUCUUGUGGGCUAGCCUACGGCCAAAAGCACUGCUCAGAAAGCUUGCACAAAUUCAGAACUGCGUAUCCUUAAAUGACAAAACCGUGUUUUAAAACCGACACAACACAAUAUUGCUAUUAAGAUUGGCUUUGUGCAUAUACACAAGCUUAAAGCUGUCAAAGGUUUGGAAGAAGUAAUCUCUGACAAAAUAUUUGCUUCUAUGUAGCCUACACAAGCCUUUAUUUAUUUAUUUAUUUAUUUAUUUAUUUAUUUAUUUAUUAAUACUGUCACCGAGUUCGUCAUACAAAAUAAAUGCCCAGUUUCUGAAGAUCUGAUUGU